AUGGACAAAUUAUUGCACCAGAAAAUAUCAAUCAAUGGAAGUGCCAUGAUAGUAGUAGCAUUUGUGAAAACUGGAUCUUGUUUUAUCAUGUCGAUGGUCUCUUCAUCCAUGGGUCGGGUUCGCUUGAUGGAAGAGGCUCAAAUUGGUGGGAACAUUCCAAGUGAAUGUGGCCAGAAACGGACGGAAAUCAAAAUAAUACAGUCCAACAAUGUAUAUAUUUCAAAUCUGAAAUUCUUAAACAGUCCUAAGAAACACAUUUUCAUUCUUGAGUCAACUUGGGUAUACAUUUCUAACGUAGAAAUAGUACACGCUCCUCCUGGAAGUCCAAACACAGAUGGUAUUUACGUCUCACGGUCAUCAAAUGUCUAUGUUGAACAUUCACACAUUGCAACUGGGGAUGAUUGUAUUUCAAUAGGGCCUGAUACUUCUCACAUAAACGUCAACAACAUCAAAUGUGGACCUGGUAAAUAUGGAAAGAGAGAAACAAUAGAACAUGUUACGGUAAAAAAUAUUGAAUUGAGAGGAACUACAAACGGUGUUCGAAUUAAGACAUGGCAAGGAGGAAAAGGUUAUAUUAGAGAUGUACUGUUUGAAGAAAUUCAAUGCAUUGGCGCAAGGAAUCCAAUUAUCAUUGAUCAGUUCUAUUGCGAUUCUGAUAAACCUUGCAAAAAUCAGAUAUUGGCCGUGAAAAUCAGCAAUGUGAGAUAUUGUAGAUAUCUGAUAUACAAAGACUUACGAAAAGAACAUAAUAAGAGAGAAUUCUUAAACUCAGUUUAA